AUGUGUGAAGGACUAAAUGCAGUUGAAGCUCAUAAUGAUGAACAAACAGAAAUAAUGGAACUAGAUAACGAUUCUUCGAAUGGAUCAACCGAGUUUGAAAUGAGUACAUCUGUUCAGCCCUAUCAUCAACAGUCCGUUCAAACCAAUAAUGUUUGUGAAAUCCCAGUGAACUGGCAUAUAAGUCGCGACAAUGUUGUAGAACAUCAUACAACUGCAUUCGCACGUCAAUUAAUGGCUAAUGGUGAUCCUGACACCGCAAAUUUGGUGGCAGAUGAAACAUAUAUUUACAUUCAAGUAAGUAAUAAUGAUGCAUCUAUGAUGAAAGAUAUUUUAAUGAACAAUACCGAAAAAAUAUUAGACUGGAUUUUCGAAGUAAAAGGAAAUGAUUUAUUUAAAGAUAUGUAUCAUUGA